AUGUUUCCUGAAAUACAUGGCUCGGGGGAUCCUCUGGGGCACCCCCUCGGCUCGCACGCGCUCGUCGUGCCAAGGUGCGAGUUGUGCUGGACGCUGGGGCGCGCGCUGCAGAGCGCACCGCGCGCUCUUCACGCCCGGGGAGCGCCACGCUGCAGCGUGGCGCUGCCGCUGGCCGAGCACGUCGAGGCCAUCGUCGCGGCGCGCUGGCGGGCCUGGCGGACGUGCCCCCCCCUCCGCCGCCCCCGGCGUGAAGGAUGCCGCCCAAGGGGCGAGCGGGGGCGGCCGCUGGGCGGGGGGCACGCGGGCGCGGGCGCGGGCGCGGCGGCCCUGGGCGUGGGGCUGCGGCUGGUGCUGGUGCUCGUGGGCGAGGUGCUGCCGCUGCCGCCGCCGCGCCGAAGCGGGCCCCGCGCCUGCGCGCGGCCGCCGCUGCUCCUGGGGGAGCCGCCCUCUUCGCAGCCAGGGGGCCUGGCACGAAGUCUGCCCGCGGCGGCGGCUGGUGCGGGCGCGGCCGCCGCGGCCGGCGGCCUGCCUUGCGGCGGAGGCGCGGCGCCGCCAGCAGCGCCCGCGGCGGCCGCGCGGAGGCGAGCAGGCGGUGCUGGCUUCAACCCCGCCGUGGUGGCAGCUGCCCAGGCGGGCGGAGGCAACCCCCAGGAGCUGGCGGCGGGGCUCGCGCAGAUGGCCAGGGGGCAAGGCGUCGGCCUCAACCAGCAGCGCAUUGCCGCCGCCCUGCAGGCCAUGCAGGCCAGGGCCGUGCCCGCCGCCGGGGCUCCCGCCCAGCUCGGGCUUGGGGCUCAGCUCGCGGGAGCCCUCGCUGCCCCAGGCGCUGGGGGCAUGCCGGGCCCCGCAGGGCUGGGGGUCCCGGUGCUGCCCCAGGGCCUGGCGGGUGCGGCGGCGGCGCAGUCCGCAGUGCCAGGGCUGCAGGCCGCCGGCGGAGCAGCAGCAGGCGUCGUGGCCGCGGCUUGGCUGCAGCCGCACGUGCUGGCGCAGGCGGCGCUGACGACGGGCAGCAUCAUCGAGGUGCCGACGCACGACGACGCGCUGGCGGUCACUGGCACGGCGCUGCUGAAGCUGGGGACCAUCUGGGCUGCGGACGCCCUCGGCACGUUCGCCACGGCGGUGUUCGGCGAGGCGUCCACUCCCGUCAGCACGUUGCAGUUCGAGCAGGCGUGGAGUGCCGACGGCGGGGCCCCGCUGGUUCACCUCUGCUCGUGCCCACGAGAGCGAUGCCAAGCGGUGGCCGGCGCGCACUCCGUGUACCACGUCGACGUGCUGCGCGUGAGGGGCCCCCUGCAGCUCAGCGAGGCGUGGGCCCGCCCUGCUGCCCUGCUGCUCGCUGCGCCGGCCGGGGAUGCUGGCGCGGGCCCGCUCGGCGAGGCGAGGUCCAAGGCGGUGCUCGAGGCGAAGGUGGCGCAACUCAAGCAGGCGCUAAAGCGGCGCCGCGAGGGGCGCGCCGACCUCUUCAGCGCUGCGGCGAAGAGGGCGAGAGGCGCUGCCGAGCCCAGCAUCACUGGCGACGGAAGAGAUGCCGAGUCGCUUUUUCACGAUGCCCCCUCCGGCUCCGCGACGAACCGGAUCCAGCGGGCGGCGCGCCACCGCCCGGGCGCGCUGCUGGAGUCGGGCCUCUCCGAGAUGGCUCGAUUCCUGGGCGAGCGGGCGGGGGCGAUGGCGGCCUACCUGAACGGCAUCUUCUUCGGGCAGCACCCGCAGAGCGGCAUGUCACAGCACUCAGUGCGCGAGAUGAGGACGAUUGCCCACGCGAUCGACGGCCUGCUCGAGGGGAAGCUGCCGGAGGUGGGCGACCUGCUCAUCCAGCGGCUGAAGGCCCUCGAGCUGAGCGUGCGCGACAAGGGCUGGGCCGUGGCCAGCCAGCUGGAGCUCAUGGACGACCAGCCGGGGAUCGCGAGCUUGUCGGAGCGCCAGGCGGCCGCCCAGCACGCGCCGAUGCAGGCGCGGCUCGCGGAGGCGCGCGCCCCCCGCUCGCGGAGCCGCCGCGGGCGGAGCCAGCUCCGCUCCGCCGCAGACGGGGAGCGCCCCGGCAGGAAGGUCGCCGCGAAGGAGAUCGAGGAGGCCACGCCGCAUGACGCGCCGCAGGUGCUGCUGAGGCCGGCACGGUCGCUGCCCACGAGACUCGGCGAGGUGAAGGCAGCGAAGCAGUGGACGCAUGUGCUCAUCAUCGGCCUCAACCACCUGCACGCCAACUGCUCGGCCGACCCCGAGAGAUGCGUGCAGCGCGGGCCUCCCAGCCCAGCGCAGCUCAGGAGCCUGCGCAUGGUCGGCACGGCGGAGACGCUCACGGUUGAGCAGGUGCUGCCAGCAUUGCCGCCUGUCGGGAUCGCGGCCUCCGUGGAGGCGGCCCCGCUCUGCGAUCCAGUGGUCCGCCGAGCGCUCCUCGAUGCCGAUUCGAUGGCCAUUCCUGAGGGCGCCAGGCCGGCGGCGCCGCCGCAUGCGAAGAUCUGGGCUUCCGACGAGGCCUGGGAAGAGCUGGUGGAGGUCCUGUGGGCUCGCGGGCUCGUGGAGCCCAUCGAUCUCAAGGACGUGCUGCACGUGGGUGGCAAGCUGGCCCUGUGCGGGGCCUUUGGCGCGCGGCAGGGGACCGAGCGGACCGUCAAGCUGCGCGACGGCCCCUACGGCCACGUCCUGCGCUUCAUCAUGAACCUCGCGCCGUCCAACGUGAUGCAGCGCGUCGUCGGCGGGGACGUGGUCCAGCUGCCCCUCUCGAGCCAGUGGUCGACCAUCGCGCUGCUGUCUCGCGAGAUCAUGCCGCGGCAGUGCUUCUUCUACGCGUUCAGGCCGCCGCCGUGCUGGAGGAAGCUCAUGGCCUUCAGGGCUCCCGUGCCUGGCCGCCUCGUGGGCAAGCCGGACAAGGCUCGGGUGCACGUGGCCAGCGCCGCAGUGGCAAUGGGCUGGAUCUCAGCCACGGGAGUUUCGCAGCAUAUACACCGCAACGUGCUCAAGGUAGGGCGCCCACGUGCUGCGGGACUUGAGCCUGAGGCAGAGUGGCGCAGAGACCGCGGGAGCCCGCUCACGCCCCGCAGCUCGGACACCACGGCGUGGGAGGUCUGCGUCGACAACCUGGAGAUUCAGGAGCUGAUCGACCGCGUGGACGCCGAGGAGCCGCCCAACGGCUACGCGAGCCAGCUCAUCUCGCUCACCCUGUGGGUCCUGGCCCAGCGCGGCACCUGCGGGAGGCACUGGCAAAUCGCGCUGGGGCGCUGGGUGCGUGUGUUCGCCCGCCGCCGUGGCGGGGUGGCCGCCUUCGAGCACGCGUGGAGAUGGAUCUCGGGCUCCUCCCGCGGGUGGGUCCUCCCGCUGCCAAUGGUCGAGGAGCUCGUGCUCGCGAUGUCGUUCGCACCGCUCCACUUCACCGACUUCCGGCUGAGCAUCUCGCCUGAGGUCACGUGCUCCGACGCCAGCCCGUUCGGAGGCGGCGUGGUGGUGAGUCGUGGCCUCACGCCUGCAGUGGAAGCGGCCCUGGCCCGCAGCGGCCGGCUGCCCUGGCAGCGCAGUGAAGACGAGUUGGUCAUCAUCAGCCUCCUCGACGGGAUCGCAGGUGGACGCUGCGCUUGGGCUGCCCUGGGGCUCGACUGCUGCUGGCACAUUUCGUCCGAGAUCGACCAGGUGGCGACUCGCGUGGCAAGGAACGCGUUCCCAGACCUCAAGGAGCUCGGGGGCGUCAGGCUCGUCACCAGGGAGGUGGAGUUCCUCUUCGAGAACGUGGACUCCGCCGACCGGGCCGACAUCGGGGCGGCCGCGAAGCUGCUGGGCCGCAAGCCGUACAGGGUCUGCGCCUCUCAGGUCUGUCACAUGCGUCGUCCGCGGCUUUACUGGUGCUCUUUCUGCCUCGUGGGGGACGCCGAGCACAGCAUCGAGGAGAGAGACCUCUGGCGCCAGGUGAAGCUUGACGCGGACCCAGGGCAUGGCUCGCGCUGGCUGCGGCGAGGUGCCUCCUGGCCCGCUGGAGACGACCCCGCAGCACGGCUCCCCACCGCUGCGAGGAGGGAGCGGCGCUCGCCCCCUCGGCCGCGGCCCGCGGGCUUCGCUCAGUGCGACCCAGCUGCGCUGCAGCGCCGGGCGGACGACGGGCUCGCCCUCCCGCCGUACCAGUACAUCGAGAAGCACUGCGUGCACGAGAGAGGGGAGUGGCGGCCCCCAUGUGCUGAGGAGCGGGAGGUGCUCAUGGGCUUCCCGCGCGGCCACACUCAGGUCGCAGUUCCAUCAGGCGUGCUGAAAGACGACCUGCAGCACGCUGAGUCGUUCCGCUGCAGCCUCCUCGGGAAUGCCUUUCACGUGGAGGUCGUGGCGUGGCUGCUGGGGCACCUCGCCGUCAAGUGGCAGUUCUUGGCGAGUGUUCCCUCGGUCGACCUCCUCAGGGAGUCGGCCCGCCCGGUGGCCGCUAGCGCAUUUUGCAGCUCGCGCGGCUUUGCGCCGGAGCAUGCCCUUGUGCUGGACGUGAUGAGGUCGACGUCCACGAAGGGCUCGGACGUGAGCUGGCAGCAGGCGGCGCACAUCAACGAGCUGGGGAUGAGGGCCUACCUGUCAGCUCUCCGUUGGCGUCUGCGUGCAGAGAAGAACUUGCAGACGAAGUUCCUCCACCUGUUGGACAGCCAGGUGUCUAUUGCUGUCCUCACCAAGCACAGAUCGGGGUCUCGCCAGUUGAAUCGCAUUGCUCGCAAGGUCAGCGCACUUGAGCUGGCCUCAGGGGUCAUGGCCAUCUUGGGCUUCUGCCGCAGCGGUGUCAACCCUGCGCUGGACCAGGGCUGGCCACAGGCCGUCGACGCCGCCGACAUGGACCAGCAGAUCUGCACGUUCAUUGAAAAUCUCUGGAUUGACGGCGAGGGUCGCAAUCUGGCAGGAGAUCGAGAUGCCGCGAAGAGCACCGCCCAUAUGUCCGUCACCACGCUGUGCGGCAUCUUCCACGUGCUGUGGCAGCUCGGGCGGCAAGAUGCAGCGGUGCUCAUCCUGGUCGCCUUCCAUUGCUUGCUGCGGACAGGCGAGCUCGUGUCCAUCCGCGCCGAGCACGUGCUGACCAAUGCGAGCCGCACAGGCCUCGUCGCCCUGCCGUGGACCAAGAGCGGGGCCAGGAGAGGCGCGCAGGAGCUGGUCACCGUCGACGACCCAGUCGUGGGCCGUGCGCUGGCGUGGCUCCGCCAGCGGCAGGGCGCGGGGCCACUGCUGUUGGGCGCAGGCGCGCAGUUCCGCCUGCUGUUCGAGCGGGCGUGCGUCCAGGCUGGGCUCGAGGAGGUCGGCAUCGAGCCCCGCAGCCCGCGCCGUGGCGGUGCGACGCACGACGCGUGCACCCGCGGCGACCUCGGGCGCGCCGUGCACCGCGGCCGCUGGUCCGACCUGCGCACGGCGCAGAUCUACAUCAACGACGGGCUGGCAGCGGUGGCGCAACAGCGAGUGCCAGACGCCGCCGCCCGAGACCUUGCAGCGCGAGCUGCCGCUCUCGCGCGGCUGCUCGCGUCCCUGUGA